AACCGCCGAGGAAAAUGGUGUUUUAAUGGAGAGGAAGAGAAAGUUAGAGCUGGAACGAACAACUCCUCAUGAAAACAAAAACUUUCAAAAUUAUAACGUGCAAAAAAUAGCAGCAGUUUCCAACCAACUAUAUAUAUAUAUACAUGAUCACAUCUUUGUCUGUAAAAACAUCACAAAGAUCAGAAGAGAAAAAGAAAACAAAUCAAUCAUCAUCAUCCUCCCUAUUAUAUCAAUGGCUUCCAUCAUGAACAUGAAUUUGACAUUGUUUCUUCUGUUUUCUUCAUGGGUUUUCGUGGGUUACUCUCAAUCGAUGGGCCUCAACACCUUUGUUCAAGGAGGUUCAUCAGGGAGUGCUGCUUCAAUGCCAUGCGUACAGAAACUCCUUCCAUGUAAAGAAUACUUGAAGCCGCCGGUCUCCAUGCCGCCCGCGGUCUCGUGCUGUGUGCCACUGAAGGAGAUGCUCACCGAUGAUGUCAACUGCCUCUGCCGUGUUUUCGACAAUCCUGAGAUUCUCAAGUCGUUCAACGUUACCCAGGAUGAUGCCUUGAAGCUUCCAAAGGCCUGCGGUGCCAAUGCCGACAUAUCAUUAUGCAAAAAAGGAGCAUCUCCGCCAGCCACUUCAGCUACUCCCCCUCCCUCCUCCGAUGAUUCAAAAAGUGCAGCAGCAUAUGGGGUCUCUCAGUUUGGUGGGUCUGGUUUGGCAGCUCUCAUUCUGGCUCUAUUGUUCAUUUCAGUAUUCCAGGCUUGAUAGCUUUGUCCUGGAGAUUUUUAAUGCCACUCUGAGCCACAUGAUCCAAAUAGCAAUCAAGACAGAUAUGGAAACUGCUUUAGUAGUAAAUAAUGUUGUACUUUGUUUGAUCUUAAAUUCUUAAUCUUGUUUGUGUUUCCCUGAUGCAGUACUAUCUGUUGUUGAACAAACACUUUAUGCUAGUUAGUCCCUAUGUAAAAUCAAGAUCCAUAGUUAUAUGAAGUCAAAUAUAAUCACAGAAGUUUGAAAGUUUCAAA